ACUGCUGACCGUGGAAAGGGGGAGGGAGCUGGUCGCUGUCACUGUUGCUUAAAAAAACAAACAGCAUUAACCCUGGGAUCUAACAUUCAUCUUGUUUUGCCCUGUCGCUUUUAUCAGCGUGUGUCUCAAGUUUCCUCAGGGCAGCUGACCCCGGGAGGACUUUGUUUUCAUGGAGUAGGUCGUGUAGGAGGGGAAAGGGGGCAUGGUCCUUUAAAUAUACAAUACAUCCUAAUCCACAAAGAACAGAACAACGCCACGACAAGAUUUCUUUUUUUUUUUUUUUUUAAUUUGUUAAUUUUUUUGCAGAAAAUUUUGGUGGAUUUCUAAUGCAUUGUUUUAAGAAAAUACCUGUAGAAUAAAAACCAAUUAAAAAAACUGAAUUAAAAAAAAAAAAAAAAAAAAAACCCCCCCAAAAAACAAAAAAAAAAAACAAAGCAAUUUACUGGAUUGUUUUUGAGAGAGAGAGAGAAGGAGACAGACAGACAGAGACAGUAUAUAGGUGUUUCCAGCGGUGCUGUAGAUAAUUAACUUCAUUAAAAGCGUGCUGCAAUAAAGAAAAUAAAAAAUAACUAAAAUUUUGACUGUAUUUUGCAGGGAAGAAGUCAAGUCAGAUUUCUUUUUUUUUCUUCUCCUUGCUUGGAAGUUGAUUAAAUACGUGCUUUCAACGGCUGAUGCGUCUGAAGAUGACAGCGUUUGAUCGGACUGACUGACUCGUGUAAAGAAGAUCGCCGUUUUUGACUGUGUUUACAACAAACUGGACAAUACAGCGCGGAGGUAACCAGCCUUGCAUUUGCACGAUAGCGAGGAGGGGGUCGAACCACAGAAAGUGUUUAUGCAAAGUUAACAAAACGCUGCAGCUAUCGAUCUGUUUGCAGCCUUGAUCCAAACGAGUUUUAUAACCCGCCUUCUGCAUCCUGGCAAGAAACUCAUCCAAACGCCAAAAAAAAAGCUGCUUUGCCAAGUCGGUCUCCCAGAGUGCAUGGCUGAAGUCCGUCGUGUUUAACAGCUGAGAGUCUCAGUCCAGCCCAGCAGAGCUGUCCGGAGAGCCAGGAAACAUCAAAGCUUCCUGGUUCUGCUAGCCUGUGUGCUGUUUCUUGUGUGUCCGUAGCGGGUGAUGUCUCUUCUCUAACCUUUCUCCCUCCACUUGCUAAUCCUCCUAGUUAACAGGCACCCAGCUUUCAGGACAGGCAUGGAUGAGUAUGACGUGAGAUCAGCCGCUAGCAUUCUAGCCUCGGUUAAAGAGCAGGAGGCUCGCUUUGAGCAUCUAACCCGGGCCCUCGAGGAGGAGCGGCGCAACGUCAGCCUGCCCUCGGAGCGACUGAGCAUGUGCAACGCUGGCAGCAGCAGCCAGCCCCUGGCGUGGCAGCAGAUAGUACUGCAGGAGCGGAGCCCCAGUAACCAGACCUCCAGAGCCAUGAUGCAGGAGCCUCCAGAGGUGCUGGAGGAAACGGUGACUAUUGAAGAGGACCCGGGAACGCCCACCUCCCACGUUUCCGUGGUAACGUCGGAGGAUGGAACUACUUGCCGGACUGAGACAAAGGUGACCAAGGUUGUUAAAACCAUCACUCGCCGCACCUUCCACCCGGUGACAGUAACAGAGAGGCUGCUGGAUUCCCGGCCGGACACCCCCACUCCGGAGACAGACCCUGUCACCAAAAUGGUGAAAACCGUGACCACCAGGACGGUGCGCCAAGUUCCCCUGGGGCCAGAUGGCUUGCCCAUCCCGGACGGGUCUUCCCCUCUCGGCAGCUACACGGAUUCCAUCGACCGGAGGUACCUGAAGAACGGGGACCGCUACAUCACCCCACAGGCCACCUCCACCUUGACCAGAUCCUUCAACAACUACAGCGAUUCCUACAGCGACAGCCCCGAUAACCAGCACCGGCACUACAGCAUCCACGACAGCUACGCUGACAUGUCCGACAACUACGGCAGCCUUUCCAGAGGGGUCAACUACCGGCCUCGCUAUGGCUACAUGCCAGCAAACUACCGGCCGGAGAACAGCUACACCCUGCCCAUCAGGAAGGAGGACUACGGACACAUAGCCCAGCCACAGGUGCCCUUAGGCAGCAGCGCAGAGCUGAACCGUUCCCAGCCGGAGCGCUUCCAGCCGGAGCCGUACGGUUUGGAGGAUGACCGGCGCAGUCUGGGGCCUGAGGAAGAGGAGGCUUAUGACCUGGAACCAGACUACUCCACAGCCAAUAGGAGGACUCUUACCAGUGCUGACCGGGGCAGACCAGGCAGAGAGCCAAUCAGAGAGCCAAGUGGGGAGCCCAUGAUGAGAGACCCAGUUCGAGGAAGAGUCUGCUAUGAGGACCCCAUAGAGGCGGAACUGAUUGAUGAGCGCCACCCCUACCUGCAGGGCAUCUACACAGCUCCUCUGGCCCAGCCCGAGCGAGGCAGCAUGGCCAGCCUGGACCGCAUGGGCCGUCACUCGCCCUCCAUUGACAGCAUGCGCAAAGACCCCCGCUGGAGGGACCCCGACCUGCCAGAGGUCAUCGCCAUGCUGGGGCACCCCAUCGACCCGGUCAAGUCCAACGCGGCUGCCUAUCUGCAGCAUCUCUGCUACGAGAACGACAGGAUCAAGAAGGAUGUGCGCCACCUGAAGGGGAUCCCCAUACUGGUGGGGCUGCUGGACCACCCCAAGCCUGAAGUGCACCGCAAGGCCUGCGGAGCCCUCCGCAACAUCUCCUACGGCAAGGACAACGACAACAAGGUGUCCAUCAAGAACUGCGACGGCAUCCCCGCCCUCGUCCGCCUGCUGAGGAAGACCAGCGACAUGGAGGUGCGGGAGCUCAUCACAGGCACGCUGUGGAACCUCUCCUCCUAUGAACCCCUCAAGAUGGUCAUCAUCAACCACGGCCUUCAGACCCUGACAAACGAGGUGAUCAUCCCCCACUCGGGCUGGGAACACGAACCCAACGAGGACUCCAAGCCUCGGGACGCGGAGUGGACAACCGUCUUCAAGAACACGUCCGGGUGUUUGAGGAAUGUGAGUUCGGACGGUGCGGAGGCUCGGCGGCGGCUGAGGGAGUGCGGUGGAUUGGUGGAUGCGCUUCUCCAUGCUCUCCAGUCAGCUGUUGGGAAGAAGGACAUGGACAAUAAGUCUGUGGAGAACUGCGUGUGCAUCAUGCGGAACCUGUCCUAUCACGUCCACAAGGAAGUGCCAGGGGCAGAGAACUUCUUGGAGCCUGCAGCCAAUCAGAGCGGGGGCACAGGAGCACUACAGAAGAAGAAGAAGGAUGACGCAGGGUGUUUCGGAGGGAAGAAAGCGAAGGAGGAGUGGUUUGAUCAAGGAAGGAAGAAUGGAGAGAAUGACAAAAACUACGAUACUCUGGAUCUGCCCAAGCGCACCGAACCAACCAAAGGGUUCGAGUUGCUUUACCAGCCAGAGGUGGUGCGACUGUACCUGUCGCUUCUCACCGAGAGUCAGAACUACAACACGCUGGAGGCUGCAGCCGGGGCUCUGCAGAACCUCAGUGCAGGACAGUGGACUUGGUCGAUGUACAUCAGAGCUACCGUUCGGAAAGAGAAAGGCCUGCCGAUCCUGGUAGAGCUGCUGAGGUCCGACUCGGACAAGGUGGUGCGGGCGGUGGCCAUCGCUCUCCGAAACCUGUCCAUCGACCGCCGCAACAAAGACCUGAUAGGCAGCUAUGCCAUGCGGGACCUGGUGAGUAACUUACCCAGCGGGCAGCAGAGACCAGCCAAGAACCUGGAGGAGGACACGGUGGUGGCCAUUCUCAACACCACCCACGAGAUUGUAACGGACAGCUCGGAAAAUGCCAGGUCCCUGGUACAGGCACAGGCCAUCGAGAAGCUUGUAGCCAUCAACAAAACCAGCCAGUCUUCGAGAGAGACGAAGGCAGCCUCUCAUGUUCUACAGACGGUGUGGAGCUACAAGGAGCUGAGGAACGCUCUGCACAAGGAAGGCUGGAACAAAACACAUUUCCAGCCUGCAGCAGCUGCCCCUCCCAAAGGUUCAAAGAGUGGAGGGAAGCCCGGGUAUGAUGACAGCACUCUCCCAUUGAUGGAGAAGAACCAAGGAAACAAGAAAUCUGGCAGUGCUGAUAUGAUACCAAUGGAUGAACUUGGGCCAGAUGCAUAUUCAACGAUUGAUCACAGAGACAAAGAGAGCAGGUACAAGACUAGGGACGGAUCGAGGGAUGUGGCAGAAAGGGAUCCUUUAAAGAAUGACACAAAUAGGAAAAACUUUAUCAGGAGCAACAGGCCCAAAGUGAAUCUGGUGGACGGGUUUGAUACUGAACAUCAGCCUGUUGACUCCUGGGUCUAAUUGCAUGCAUGGCUUAAAUUAAAAUUGCAAUCCUGAAUUUAAAAGAGGAUCUCCUGUUUCACCACUGCCUUUCGACUUGGAGGUCAUUUUCGUUGUGGACUUUUUUUAAUCAUUACAUGAACUUACUGUGCUUUUCAACAA